AUGGGUCGACGUCGGCUAAUCAAAACCACUGUAGCGGAUGCAAGUAGAGAUUUAAUAAGUUCUCUGCCGGUAGAGGUAAAGCACAGAAUUUUGGAGUGUUUGCCCACCCAAGACGCUGCCAGAACUGCUCUACUCUCAACCCACUGGAAUGAUGUUUGGUUGCAGCAUGGGAGGCUUGCGUUCGAUUGUAACUUCUCAUAUAGAGUCAAACAGGGCUACUUCAAAGAUAAAGGCAGAACCCUCGCUGGCAUAAUAGAUAAUAUUCUCCUUUCCCGUGCUGGACCGGCUAAGAAAUUUACUCUGGAUAUUGGAAAUGAUUAUCGGCAGUCUGAUUUCAAUAGGUGGUGUCUUUUUCUAUCAAAAAAUGGUGUGGAGGAGCUUCACAUAACAUUUUAUAAUGGUGGAGAGGCUGGGUUUAAGCUGCCAUUUUGUAUACUCUCGUGCCGGACAAUUAAGCAACUGAGGGUCGAAUUUCCCAUUAUUGAUUUGCCGGUAAAUAAUGUUGGUGGUAUAUUUUCCAAUGUCACUUCAUUAUUUUUCUCGGAUGUUGAAUUUAGGCGCACUGUUAAUGGGACUGCCUCUAGUAUUAGUAUUAGUAUUCCUAACCUUGAGAACCUGUAUGUGGACGCAUCUUUGUUUGCAACUGCAAUAAAUCUCCAAGUACUAGGGCUGUAUGAAUUACGUUUUGGUUCUGCGAAGCAGCUCACCGCUGCUAUGCAAUUGCUUCAAAAAUGCCCCAACUUAUGUGAACUGGGAAUUACGGCUUAUCAGGUUGACAAAUUUCAUGAAGAAGCCGCUUCAAGACUUUUGGAGGAUCCAGAUGGUUGCUUUAUUGUUCAGGAUCUAAAGAUGCUUAACACAAUCAAGAUUGAAUCAUUUAGGGGAUUCACAGUCGAAAUACUUUUUGUAAAAAUGCUACUCUCAAAAUCCCCCGCACUUGAGAAAGUUGUUAUUAUGGAAUCUUGUUUUAUUGACACAUCCGUAGCUAUCAAAAGCCUAAGGGAGUUGCGUUUUCCUCGUGCAUCUCCAAAUGCCCAAAUUGUUUGCAUGGAACACAAGGGCGCCAUGUCUGGUUGGGCCAUGGGCGAAUUGUGA